GCCAUCGGCGGCAUGCGUUUUUUCUUUGCGCGUCCGUCCAAUUAGCGCGUAGGACAUGCGCGUCUGCUGAAUAUGAAUUCACGGGUGCGCCAAUCCGAGCCUGGUAGCGCGCUUCUUAGAGACGCUCGGUGUGGGUUCUCCCAGUCCAGGAUAAAACUGUUUGUCUGCGUUUUGGGGAACACCGUCAGGAACUUAUUUUAUCACCCAUCCAACUGUAGGCUACUACUAGCCGCCGAGCCACACCAUUCCGCCCGCGUCCUCUCUCUCUCCCCGUGGAUGUUUUUACUGAAAUUGCUCGAGAUAACCACGGAUUGAGGAUUAUUUCUGUUAGGGUCCUAUGCUGUGGGGCUAGCAUGAGACAGAACCCAGUACCGAUCCAGCGCUCCAUGGACAUACCCUUCCCCAGUGCCCUGGAGGCCAGUCAGCUUCUGUAAAUGAGGUGGCCAUGGAGAGAAGAAGCGGCUGUGGAGUACAUCAGAUCUGCUUUCUGUUUCUCUUACUGUUUUCACUGUAUCCUGUCUGCUGUCGAGCCAGUUGGAUGUGGUUGGGAAUAACCUCCGUGGGAGUACCAGAGAAGCUGGGCUGCGCCAAUCUCCCGCUGACGCACAAGCAGAAGGACCUGUGCAAGAGAAAGCCCCAUCUCCUGCCAAGCAUCAAGGACGGCGCGCGCAUCGGCAUCGCGGAGUGCCAGACGCAGUUCGAGCACGAGCGGUGGAACUGUUCUACCAGCAAAGAGCUCUCUGUGUUCGGCUACGAGCUAACUAGUGGGACCAAGGAGACGGCGUUUAUCCACGCGGUGAUGGCGGCGGGGCUGGUCCAGGCAGUGACGCGCUCCUGCAGUGCGGGCAACAUGACGGAGUGCGGCUGUGACACCAGCCUGCAGGGCACAGGCUCGCCCAGCGAAGGGUGGCACUGGGGCGGCUGCUCAGACCAUAUCCAGUACGGUACAUGGUUCAGCAGGAAGUUCCUAGAUAAUGCAGUGAAGAAUAUGUCCUCAGCCAGGGGAGGGGAUGCACUGCUCACCAUGAACGAGCACAACAGUGAAGCCGGGAGACAGGCUGUCGCCAAGACAAUGGCCACCGACUGCCGUUGCCACGGCGUGUCGGGCUCGUGCGCCGUCAAGACGUGCUGGCGCACCAUGGCGUCGUUUGAGCGCGUGGGCAACUUCCUGAAGGAGCGCUAUGAGGGAAGCGUGCAGGUGCUGGACCGCUCCAAGAGGAAGGUGAGGAGGAAGGAGAAGGACCAGCGUCGCGUGCCCAUCGGGAAGGAAGAACUUAUCUUCCUCAACAAGUCUCCUAACUACUGUCUGGAGGACCGGCGCUGGGGCGUGGCGGGCACUAGAGGGCGCCAGUGUAACCGCACUUCGGCCGGCCCCGACGGGUGUAACCUGCUCUGCUGCGGUCGGGGGUAUAAUACACACGUGGUUCGCCACAUAGAGAGGUGUGAGUGUAAGUUUAUGUGGUGUUGCUAUGUGAGGUGUCAGAAGUGUGAGAGCAUGAAUGACAUGCACACGUGUAAAUAGGGAGAGGGAGGCAGGUGAUGGCACACACACACACACACAAACACAAUCACACUGUCCCCAAUGAGAGACUAAAAGACUCCCCCCAUCGUUCCUCUCUCCCAUGGACAAUGGGGGGGGCGCCGCAUCAACAACCCUCGAUCUCAACUCUCAGGAAGACAGUAUUUAUACACCACACCAUUAGAGGUGAACAAAGACAGUGGAUAAUAGUUGACUUUGAUUGGCCUAUCAGGGCCUAGCCUUGUAGGAGGCUAUCCAAUGGGACUGGAGUUCCACAGUGUUUCAGAGGCUUGAGGAUCCACACACUCUGACUACCAAACAUGGCCAUCUUCAUUAUUUACUCAGAGUAGAAAUGAGCCACAAAACUCAAUGAUGAAAACAAACUGCACUUUGAUGGAAGUUAAAACUCUUCAAGUCUUCAAAUGGACUCGGUGAAUGAUGUGUAAGAGGAGAAGAAAGGGACCAAAAAGUGCCUGUAGGGGGCGGCAACCCAGUCCUGCUUUUUAAAGGAACGCGGAGUAGAUGCAGCAAACAGUGUCAGUACAUUUCCAGAUCAGAACCAAGUCUCAUAUAGACAACUGCAGGCUAGAGCUAUAGACAGUACAGGGAUUGGGAGACCGUCAGAGGUUGCCAUCUUUUGUGUCAUUUCUAGGGCUCUCUUACAUGCUAGGGAGUAAGGACAGACCCAUGGCUUUAUGGUGAUUGAUGGUGGAUAGAUUAGGCUUAUUCUUGUUGGAAAGCUUGCAGUAUCUAUGCAUAGAAAUAAGUCUUGAAAUAAUCAUUCAAAUGCUUUGUAUUUUUGGAAUAAACUGCUAAUGACUUCAAAAAUAUAUGGUACCAUGACAUUUUUAUUUGAGAUAUUUUGGAAAGAUUUCUUGAAAUCUAAAAUAUUUGUUUUGUACUAUUCAGAUUGCAAAAUUCAGGGCAGAGUGAAGCUACAGGUGCUUUAAUUGAGAAUAUGUCAGAUGACGUAAUAUUUUUGUGAAUUGUUUACAUUUUGUAAAUAUUAAAUUAUGCUGUAUCACACGAUGAGUGUCUUAAGAUUCAAGCCCAUCCAAUGCUCUCAGACAUACAGCAUGUGUUUGUCAAACUGUACCAUUUAAUGUGUUGGUGUUCUGUUUGUCAUCAUUGUAUUACUAAGGUCCUUUGUUAUACUUUUGCUGU